GCAGCUGGACUGGCGCACAAGGCUCACUAUCGGCCAUGGAGUGGCCACUGCCCUCUGGACCCUGCACUCUUUGGAGGAGUCAUACUGGCGACCUACUGGAAAUGGGGACCUCCAGCACCUGCCGGAGGAAUCUAUAGGUGUCUCUGCUGAUGGCCGCGCUGAGUUGAUGGGAGUGGGGCUCUGCAGGCUCUGCAUGUUGGGCCCAGGGGCACGGGAGCUCCAUGACAACUCCUGGGAUCUGGAGCAGUUUGGCAAGGUUCUUCACUUUCUGCUGGCUUCACCCUUCUCCUUAGAAGGUUCCUUGGAGCUUUCCGAGACGGCUUCGCAGCCUUCAGUGGCCUUGGGCUGGCCGCAGGAGGUGGCGGAGCUCAUUCGGGAGAUGGCGGACCAGUGCCGAGACAUCCGCAACAGGAGCAACCCAAACCUCCAAGGUAUGGUAACAAGGCUGGCUCACGUUUUGAUUGAGUACGAUACAGCAGAGCAGUCACAGCCACUGGCACAGCAGACGACGCGCUGGGCGCUCCUGCGCAAUGUGCUGAGAGCCUGCUGGGCUUUCCAGGGAUCUCUGGAGGCGCUUUGCUGCGUGUGCCUGGAACCUUCGGAGAAGGGCAAAGGGCUCCUUUGCCCGCUUAAGCACAAGAAUCCGCUGCUUUGCUGCGACUGCUUGGAGCCCUAUGUUUGUAGCCUUAUUGGCACCUCAGAGCUGCGGCGUUUGAAAGGAGGCAUCAGCUGUCCCGCCUGCGCUGCGGGUGCAUCUUCCGACUCACCGCCCCACGUCUUCCCUCGGGACCAGGUCCAGCAGCGUCUUGGCGGGACGACGCUGCGGCGCUUCGUCGAAGCAACGGACCCGCAGCCCUUGGAAGCCGUGCAGGAGGAUGACAGCGCUGAAGCUGAGAUGAAUGUGCUGGUUGAAGAUUUGGUUACAAGGUCAGUUCAAGUUGUCAGUUAUUACCGCGCCUCAGAGCACGACGAUCCGCAUGAAGCUCGUAGAACGAAAGACGUUCUUCCCUUCACCUGGCUCCAGUGUGGCGAGGGCGAGCAUCAUAUCCUCUUUCAAUACGACCCAGAGCGGAUGAAGUUGAGGCAACACCUGAGCCCGAGACUGUUUGCAAUGGAGGUGGCGCAAUCUCUGAAUUUGGAAUGUCCCAAUCCAGACUGCCGAGCUCUCCUGGACCCUGAUCCAGAUGGUUGCGUUGCUAUGAGCUGCCGAGCCUGCGAGGAAGGAUUUUGCUGGGUCUGCUUCGAACGCUGCGGUUUCGGCGGCGAUUCGCAUCCCCAUGUCCUGGAUGUUCAUGGUGAUUAUUUUCCCAACAAGGACUUCGUCGAGGCUUGGCACCGCAAGCACCGGUGGAAUCGGAUCCAAGCAAUCCUCCAGCAGUUGCUGGAGGAGACCCAGCAGGAUGCGCUGUACGGCAGCGCAAAGUUGCUGAAGGACGUGGAGCUUUGGCCGUUUCCAACCAGUGAGCCGAACCCACCUGACUGGGUAGAAGGGGCAGUUCGUGCACAUGAGCUGGCUGCCGAGGAUGAGGCCGGGAUCCACGCUGCUGCCCGCUUUGGGCAGAUUGAAAUGCUGAUGCAGGCACUGGAAGCUGAAGACGUGAAUGCCCAGAAUCACCGCGGCAUGACGGCUUUGUGUUUUGCAGCUCACGAGGGACGCCUGGAGGCUAUUCGGCUCUUGAUGGAGAGGGCUGCCGACCCGAACAUUGCAGACAACCAUGGCGUGACGCCUCUGCACUAUGCAUGCAGAGAACCUCCUUUCGCCAUUGUUGACGAUGUGGCAGGCUUUCUCCUGAGCUAUGAGAACGUGGAUGCCAACCAGCGCGAUCUCUCAGGCGCAACGGCUCUGAUGGUCGCUGCAGAAGUCGGCCGAGCUCAGGUCGUACCAAGCUUGCUGAGGUGCGACCGCGUCGAGCCGAAUAUGACCAAUGUGGUGGGCUUUACCGCGCUGUUUUUAGCUGUCAUGUUCGAUCACGUGGAUGUGGUUUUGGCUUUGCUGGCUUCUCCGAG